AUGACCAGCCAGUCUCAGGGGAUCCACCAGCUCCUUCAGGCAGAAAAAAGGGCCAAAGACAAGCUAGAGGAAGCCAAGAAGAGAAAAGAAAAGCGAUUGAAGCAAGCUAAAGAAGAAGCUAUGGCAGAAAUUGACCAGUACAGAAUGCAGAAAGAGAAGGAGUUUAGACUGACACAAUCUAAGGUAAUGGGCUCUCAAAGUAAUCUCUCAGAAGAAAUAGAAGAGCAAACACAAGGGAAGAUAAAAGAACUGAGUGGAAGUUACAACAAGUACGUGGAAAGUGUGUUGAAACAACUUUUGAACAUUGUUUGUGAUGUGAAGCCAGAAAUCCAUGUAAACUACAGAGCCACCAACUAA